AUGAUACCGCCUGUGAGAACUAUUGUCUCAUUUCGAGAUUUUGUGGUGAUACCCUACUUUCUCUUUGGUACAAUUGGCCUUGUGCCCUUUGAUCCCCAUCCUGGAUAUAAAAUUCCAUGGUUCAAGAUUACUUGGUGGUGGGCCUCAUACAUCAAUCACUUUUACUGUGUUAUAGGAGAGAUAGUGUACUUUUUUGUUGCAUGGCAAGAUGUUGACAAAGAACAGAUUUUUCUGGAGUUUACAGCUCUGAUUCCCUGCACCAUUUUCUCCUCGAUAUCCAUUAUCAAAAUGAAUAUGAUUUGGUACAAUCGAAAGCGUCUCACGUGGAUUGUGAACAAACUGGAGGAGCUAUUUCCCAAAACUGAAGAUGACCAGAAGGAAUUUGACGUGUUGGAGACACGGAAGAAUGCCUAUUUAAUCAUGAUUUACUUCUCAGCAUCCUACAUGAUUCUCAUAUGGACAUUCAAUCUUAUGCCAUUGAUUGUAUCUAUCAUUGACUAUGCAGACAUAGGAAUUUACAACAGAAUCCUACCCUACUCCAUCUGGUAUCCCUUCAAUGCCCGCAAAGGAUACAGAUUUAUGAUUAUGUACAUCCAACAAAAUUGGGGAGGAUUCACAUCGAUGAUUGGAAUUCUGGGCACUGAUCUAUUCUUCGGUUGCUUUAUCACUCAACUCGCCAUGCAAUUUAAAGCACUGUCGAAGCACUUGGCCAUAAUCACCACCCCAAGGAGGGCUAAAAGAUUGAGAAACUUACGCCUUAAGGAUGCCAUUGAACGUCAUCUGCUCCUCAUUGAUCUCUGUUCAGAAAUGGAGAGUAUAUACAACUUCUCCAUUCUCUGUAACUUUGUCCUAAGCUCCCUCAUGAUCUGCUUGGUGGGAUUUCAAGCUACCAAUCCGGACAUACACAUUGAUAUGUGGUUUAAGUACAUUGUAUUCCUCAUCUGUGCUCUCUGGCAGGUUUUCUGCAUCUGCUAUUACGGCAAUGUCCUUAUGGAAAAUAGUCAAAGAAUUUCUUGGGGAGUCUUUGCAUCUCAGUGGUAUAGAGAGGAUGCAAAAUAUCAGAAAUGCAUCCUUAUGAUGAUUCUACGAGCUCAAAAACCACAAUUUCUAACAGCAGGAAAAUUUUCAGUAGUCUCCCUGAGGAGUUUUACUGCGAUUCUCAGCACAGCUUUUUCCUACUUCACACUUCUUCGAACGCUUUAUUAUGGAGAUGAGAAUGGCUUUUAAAAAGUUAAAUUGUAGUCAUUUGUUAGUAAUAUAGCGGAAUCCCUUAGCUUCGAAAAAAUAACACGGAAUCACUAGCGAAAAUUCCCAUCCAGGAUUCACCUACUUUGCGAGGAACAUUGAUUUUUCAGAGGAUCACUCUAAAAAUGCAUGUUAAACAUUUCGAUGUAAUUUUCUCGUCAAAGUACCUCCUUUUGAGAUUCAUCUCUCAUCCUUCAGCUCCUCAAUAAACCCCCACAACCCAAUCAUACCACACAAGACUUUUCUCUUUGUCUAAGCUCACGAAGGACGCACAAGGAAGCUAUUUAAGCGCUCGUCCGCGAGGAAAAUCCCUCAGUCGUCUCUUAGUUCAGUUUGUGGUUGGAAAAGUGGAAAAAAGUGUACUAGUUAUUGUGAAAUUAUAAAAUAGAAAAAUGAAAUAGUGCUCAGAGGAUUAUUUUCAGUGAAGACAAUUGUUUAUUAAUACUAUUCCCCUUUGGAAUUCUAUAUUUAAGCAGGAGCUUUAUGCAAGGAUUACCAGUGCUUUUUAGUGAUUUUCUCUGGAAAUACGUUAAUAUUGUGAAUAUUUAGUAAAAUUAUAAGUUAAUUUUUUAAAAAGAUAAUAAUCUAUCAAAAAGGUGAAAUAUCAUUUUAUUUUAUUUUAUGGAUAAACAGAAUAAAUUAGUGUUUAAAUGCAACUUAAUGUGAAAAAUAAAUCGUUCUACUAAUCAUGGAUCAUCGGAUAUAUUCUGAGAUUAAGUUCUAAAAAAAACUUUUUAAUUUAAACAUUCCUAAAUAACUUACUCUGAUAAAUUUGAUAUUUUAAAAUAAUGAAUACAUUUAGUAUACAUUUUAUUUCCUGUAUAUUUAAUAAAAAUUAGCUCAGACAAAUUGAAAUACUUGAAUUUCGUGAAUUGUAAAUUACUUAAUAGGGUAGCGGCAUUACUUAUGGCCACAUUAAGGAUAUAUUUGCUCACAGCUUCUUUUCUUUUUGACCAAUUAAGAUAAAAUUUUAACUGUAGUUUCUUUAAAGUACCUCCUUUCGAUAUAUCCAAGUAAUUUAGUAGAAAAUUCUCUUAAGCCCCAGAAAAAGUAUGAUUUUUCCAACAAUGUAAAAUUCAUAACUUGUGGCCACUUUUACGAACUUAUGGCCGCUCAUGGAAUGACUUUUGGCCACAGUGUAAAAUAAUGCAAAAUAAACUUAAGAAACAAAAUAUUUUUAGUGCAAUAGAAAUGAAAAAGAUUUUAUGUAGUUUCAAAGGUUUUUAUUAUUCUUUUGUUAAGUUUUUAUAGUUUUUAUUCAUGAUUGUAGCAUUGCAUUAUUAAUUGCUUCUCUUUUUUCUCUUCACUGAGGCCAGCAACCUGUUUUUCAUGAUGAAAAAUCCACAUUUGGUGGAUAACCACACACAAAAAUCCAAAAUUUCAUUAAAUUUUUGCCAUAAAACACUGAACUAUUGAAUAAAAACAAUACAAUUGACAACUCUCCAAAUCAAAAGAGUUACACAUAUGAUGUGAGAGUAACACACGUCAAAUACCGUGGCCAUAAGUCCGUAAUCCUAUCAAUUUGGGCAUAACUUAUGGCCGCAUCUAAAUUUUAUAUUUAUUGCUAAAAAUUUUAUUAAAAUUUAAUAGUAAAAGGACAUAUAGUUAUUAAGGAAAGAAGUUUUGAAAAAUAGUACUAAAUAUUUUCGAUUGAAGAUACAAAAUUUAGUUAUUAAAAAUUUUGAGAUCACUAGUAAAUUUCUUAACGAUUUGACGUAUUUUUAAUCGACAUCCGCAUCAGUGAAACAUUUCCCAUAUAUUGAUUAGUAUUGUACCAAAAUAUUAAAGUAAAUCAAUUUAAAAUGUUCGUUUAAUGAUAGCACAUCAAAUAUUCCUAAUUUUUGUGGUUCCUCGAAAUUAAUUUGUGGGAAAAAAAACUUAAGAUAUCUGAGAGGUGGCCACAAGUAUAGAUUGGCCAUAAGUAAAACCGCCAACCUACCUCGACUCAAGCUACAGAACUCUAAAAAAAAGUUAGUAUCUCAAAGCAUAAAAUUGUGAUAUUCUAGUGAAAAAAUCUGUAAAAACAGAUGAAAACAGUGAAAAAACAAUGAACAGUUUGACAAAAAGAAAA